AUGGUGUUCUCGAUGUUCCAUUUGAUCACUUACUUACUUCUUCUCUCCGUUCCUUUGGCUUUCUCAAUUACCUUCAAUUUGACAAAUAUCAAUCCACGACAUCAGAAUCGGGACAUAGUAAUGGAAGGUAUGGGAGCUAAUAUUUCUAACGGUGGAAUCCAGUUAACCACAAACGGACAAGCCACAUACUUUAGAUCACUUCAUCUUUGGGACAGAAGAACUCAGGAGCUAGCAAGCUUCUCUACCAGUUUCACCUUUGUGAUUCUAACAAACGGGAGCAAUUCUUAUGGUGAUGGCCUUACAUUCUUUCUUGCUCAGAGUUCUUCAGUUACCCAAGGUGGCUACAUGGGGCUUCCAUUCAAUACCAGACCAGAUUUCGAAAACAGCCCAUUUGUUGCGGUGGAGUUCGAUACCAUGGAUGAUCAUGUGGGUAUCAACGUUCAUUCUGUUUCCUCUGCUAAGUCUCAAAACUGGUUCAGCAAUGUAACUGGCAGUGGAGUUUGUCAAGCUUGGAUAACCUAUGAUUCGGUUAUGAAAGAUUUGACAGUUUCUAUCGCUGGUUUUAAAAACAGUACAGUGGUGCCUCAAGAGGGACUUGUUCACAAGGUAGACCUAAAGAAGGAGUUGCCUGAAUGGGUUAAUUUCGGGUUUUCAGCACCUUUCGGAGUUAUGUUCCAGAGAUAUACCGUGAGAUCUUGGAGCUUUGAAAGUUCGGAUUUACUCGUUGAUAAAAACAAGGAGUGGCCACCAGUCCCGAGCCCUAAUAGAGUGAAGGGGAAACUCAGCAAGAUGAGUUCAAUUGUUGGAUUCACGGUAAUGAUUAGUUUUCUUGUGGUGCUUGCAUUUGUUUUCUGGAUGAAGAAGAAGAGCAGGGUGAUUGUAUCAAAAGAAAUUACAUUUAGUGUCGAGAUGAACAAUGAAUUUGAAAGGGGACUCGGGCCUAAACAAUUCUCUUACCUCGAAUUAGUUCAAUCGACAAGUGACUUUUCUGAGAACAAUAAGCUAGGGGACGGAGAUUUUGGUCGUGUUUACAAGGGUUUUUUGAAAGAUACAAACAAAUACAUUGCAGUCAAAAGGGUGUCAAAGAGUUACGAACAAGGGAUCGAGGAGUAUGCAUCGGAAGUUAGGAUCAUUAGCCAACUAAGACAUAAAAACCUGGUCCAACUAAUUGGUUGGUGUCAUGAGAAAGGCGAACUCUUGCUUGUUUACAAUUAUAUGGAGAACGGAAGUUUAGAUUCACAUCUUUUCAAGGGGAAGAGUUUGUUGGCAUGGGGCACAAGGUACAAAAUUGCAAACGGUUUGGCAUCUGCUUUAUGGUAUCUACAUGAUGGGUGGGAGCAAUGUGUUUUGCAUAGAGAUGUUAAAUCGGGUAAUAUAAUGUUGGAUUCAAAUUUCAAUGCAAAGCUUGGUGAUUUUGGAUUAGCUAAGCUGGUUGAUCGUGAAAAAGUCUUAGAAACAAUAACGUCGGAUGCAACCGUCAUAGAUUGCAUAGUUUCUGAAUGUGUAAUCGCCGGCAAGACACCAAAAGAAUCAGAUGUUCAUAGUUACGGAGUAGUUGCGUUGGAAAUAGCUUGUGGUCAAAAACUCAUUAACAACAAAGCUCAAGAAAAGCUAACGCAGUUUAUAGAAUGGUUAUGGGAGCUCUACAUGACUGAUACUCUUAUUGAAGCAAUUGACCCACAUCUAGGGUCAGAUUUUGAAGAAGAAGAAAUCAAGCGUCUUAUGACUGUUGGGUUAUGGUGUGUGCACCCUCGUUCAGAACUCCGCCCAUCGAUGAGACAAGUAAUUCAAGUACUGAAUUUUGAAGCUUCCUUGCCUGUACUCCACUCAACCAUGCCAAUGGCAUCUCACAUUUCCUCAGGAUAUGCUUGCUUCAAUUAUCAACAAGCAUUCAACCAGUACCCUCUAUAA